AUGGAGGUGCGAGCCAUGGUGGCCCCCAGGCUAUGGGGCACCGUGAAGCUGCUGGGAGCCUUGAUCUUGGUGGCGUCCACGGCGUCCUCAGUGGCAGGUGAAACGCGCGUGGUGGGCGGCAUGGACUGCGAGCCCCACUCGCAGCCGUGGCAGGUGGCCAUCCUCGACAUGUACAAGCUCUACUGCGGCGGCGUCCUCGUGGCCAGGCAGUGGGUGGUGACGGCGGCCCACUGCACCAGCAGAGGCCUGCGCCUCCGCCUGGGAGAGAACGACCUGCAGCGGCAGGAGGGGACGGAGCAGGACCGGUUGGUGGCCAAGGCCAUCCCCCACCCCGCCUUCGACCCCACCACCCUCGACAACGACCUCAUGCUCCUCAAACUGAACCGGCCGGUGGCGCUGGGCCGCGCCGUGCGGCCCCUCCCUCUCCCCCGCGCCUGCGCCCCCCCCGGCUCCACCUGCCUGGUCUCGGGCUGGGGCACCAUCACCACCCCCCAAGGUGAGCGCAGCCCCACCGUCAACCCGGAGGAGACGCGUAUGACCCUCCCCCGGCACCUGAUCUGCGCCUACGUGGAGAUCGUCCCCCCCGCCGCCUGCCGCCGCGCCUACCCCCAGCGCGUCACCCCCAACAUGCUCUGCGCCGGGGUGCGCAACCAGCGCAUCGACUCCUGCCAGGGUGACUCCGGGGGGCCACUGUCCUGCAACGGGACCCUCCAAGGCAUCGUCUCGUGGGGGCUGCAGACCUGCGCCCUGCCCGGGCGGCCGGGGGUCUACACCCGCGUCUGCAACUACGUGGGCUGGAUCCUGCGCACCAUGAACCGCAACUAA